GGCCCGAUUACAGCUCUACACCAGAAUGAACGAGUUCACAGUAACGUUCAUUAGGCGGUAAUACCUAAGAAGUUCAGUUCACAUUCGCCCAAAAUACGAGUUCAGGCGCAACACUGCUGCUAGCAUUGUGGCUACAGGAUCUCUGUUUUUCAACCAGCCUGCUCCUCUGGCCGCUAUGCCUAGUCCUGUCGUUUCUCCGCCUGGUAGUGAGCCAGAGACUUAUGUGACUGUUUUCCAGUACCUAGCUAGAUGUGCUAGACGGACUGGAUUACUAGCUGGUGAUCAACGGUCCAGUUCGCCUUCCUGCAGCUCCCCUGAGCAGUCCUUUGAAGGGACCCGACGCCAUGCACUGGUUCAACCGUUCUCCAGUGGACCGGAUCCUGAGUUGUCCAGUGGACCGGAGCACGUGUUGUCCAGCGGACCGGAGCAUGUGUUGUCCACCAGACGUGAGCACGUGUUGUCCAGCGGUCCCAAGCGGUGCGGCAGUUCCGAGCUGAGCAGCGGUCCAGAACUUCUGCUGACGUGCUGCGUUCCAGAGCCAGAGUGGACCAGCGUUCCAGAGCCGGAGUGGACCAGCGUUCCAGAGCCGGAGUGGACCAGCGUUCCAGAGCCGGAGUGGACCAUUAUUCCUGAGCCAGAGUGGACCAGGGUUCCAGAGCUAGAGCGGAGCAGUGUUCCAGAACCUGAGCUGACCGUUCUCCAAGAGUCUGCGUCGCCCGACCUCCCAGAAACUACGUUGCCCGACGUCAAAUAAAUCCUCUGCUCGACUUACCUUUGCCUGCACUCUCUGCAUUUGGGUCCACCUUUCCCCGACGAUCGUGACAGUUGGAGAUUUUGGCAGAGAGUGCAGCCAGUAAUGAAGGGAUAGAUGCACCUAGCACUGUAGAUUUUGAAGAGACAGAGGGCUUCUCUCUACAGGAUCCUGGACCAUUAGUGCUUCAUCGUGGGUCACAGUGCAACAUCACAUGUCUGCACUGCUCAUCAGGUAGUGUAACUUGUAUCUAUCAUUAGCUGGGUCAUUCUACAGAAACGUCCACUUUUGGUAUGGCAAGAUGUCUUAAUUUUUUUUUUUUUUCUAACAUUUAAACUUAAACCACAUUAUUAGAUUACCCUUUGACUUUAUGAGUACACAUAAAUGACAGCUUAAUGAUUUUUUAUUUUUUUUGUGCAUGUAUUUAAAGACGGCAUACACCAUU